UAUUGUUGUUGCUAGCAUCUUCUCUUUAUUUAUUUUUUGCUUUUCAUGUUCCCUUCUAUUCUACGAAACCCCAUACAUUAGAAUUUGAUAGUUGCAUCAACAUCAUCCCCAUUAUACCCCUCUCAUCUCUUUCAGUUUCCCAAUUCCCAAUACCAUUCCUCAGUUUCUUCUCUCACUCACUUUCAUGCACUCAUCUUCCCACCAUUCGUGCAUUUCCUUGUUCUCUUUUCAGCUGCUGGGGGCUUUGAAUGAGGUUCUGAGUGUGUCUCCAGUGCAGAUCUGGGGCUGAUCUGAUUGGCAGUGAUACUGAAUUGAAGUCAAGCUGGCGACCACAGUGACUUGGAGGGUUCCUGCCAGCAAUGGCAGUUCCCAUGGUUCAAAUGAUAUGGAACGAAAUGGUGACGGAAGGGUUCAAGAUUCAGAGCCCCCAACUCCACAUUCUGUUCUAAAGAUGGGAUUGAGGGAUCGAACCAGCAGCAUGGAGGAUCCAGAUGGAACAUUAGCAAGCGUUGCCCAGUGCAUUGAACAACUGCGCCAGAGCUCAUCUUCAGCACAUGAGAAAGAGUAUUCCUUAAGGCAGUUAUUGGAGCUUAUAGAGAUGCGAGAAAAUGCUUUUAGUGCUGUUGGAUCUCACUCUCAAGCAGUUCCAGUACUUGUUUCCCUUCUUCGGUCGGGUUCAUUGAAUGUAAAGAUACAGGCAGCAACUGUCCUGGGCACCCUUUGUAAAGAAAAUGAGCUGAGGGUGAAAGUCUUGCUUGGAGGAUGCAUUCCUCCGUUGCUUGGUCUUCUAAAGUCUAGUUCCACGGAAGGGCAAAUUGCUGCUGCCAAGACUAUUUAUGCUGUCUCUCAAGAUGGUGUGAAAGAUCAUGUUGGUUCGAAAAUAUUUUCAACUGAAGGUGUUGUACCAGUGCUCUGGCAGCAGCUGCAGAAGGGCUUGAAAUCAGCAAAUGUAGUCGAAAGUUUAUUGACUGGAGCAUUGAAAAAUCUCGCCAGCAAUACUGAGGGAUUCUGGGGUGCAACCAUGCAAGCUGGAGGAGUGGACAUAUUAGUCAAGUUACUGGCAACAGGACAGCCUGGCACCUUAGCUAAUGUGUGUUUUUUGCUUGCUUCUGUUAUGAUGGAGGAUGCAUCUGCAUGCUCAAAGGUGUUAUCAGCAGACGUGACAAAACAACUCCUCAAACUAUUAGGCCCUGGUAAUGAUGACUCUGUCAGGGCUGAAGCAGCUGGUGCUCUUAAGUCUCUAUCUUCCCAGUGCAAAGAGGCAAGAAGAGAGAUAGCAAAUGCUAAUGGUAUUCCUGCAUUAAUCAAUGCCACAAUAGCUCCUUCCAAAGAGUUCAUGCAAGGUGAGUGUGCUCAAGCAUUACAGGAGAAUGCAAUGUGUGCUCUAGCAAACAUAUCUGGUGGUUUGUCUUUUGUCAUAUCUAGCCUUGGUCAAAGCCUUGACUCGUGCACCACACCUACCCAGGUUGCUGACACAUUAGGAGCAUUAGCUUCAGCUCUCAUGAUAUAUGAUAACAAGGCAGAAUCUACUAGAGCAUCAGAUCCUUCAGUGGUUGAACAAACAUUACUCAAACAGUUUAAACCUCGCUUGCCCUUCCUUGUUCAGGAACGGACCAUUGAAGCGCUUGCUAGUUUGUAUGGAAAUCCCAUACUCUCGCUUAAACUUGCGAAUUCUGGUGCAAAACAUUUGCUUGUUGGUUUGAUAACAAUGGCUUCCAAUGAAGUGCAAGAUGAGCUCACAAAAUCUCUCUUGACCUUGUGCAAUGGUGAAGCCAGUCUAUGGCGUGCAAUUCAAGGCCGUGAAGGAAUUCAACUAUUGAUAUCUCUUCUUGGGCUUUCAUCAGAACAGCAGCAAGAAUGUGCAGUUGCCUUGCUUUGCCUUCUAACUAGUGAAAAUGAUGAAAGUAAAUGGGCCAUUACUGCUGCUGGCGGUAUACCUCCACUUGUUCAAAUUCUAGAGACAGGAUCUGCAAAAGCAAAGGAAGACUCAGCAACCAUCCUUAAGAACUUGUGCAACCACAGUGAAGACAUACGAGCAUGUGUCGAAAGUGCCGAUGCUGUUCCUGCAUUGUUGUGGCUAUUGAAGAAUGGAAGCCCAAAUGGGAAGGAUAUUGCAGCAAAGACAUUAAAUCAUUUAAUUCAUAAAUCUGAUACUACGACUAUCAGUCAGCUUACAGCAUUAUUGACUAGUGAUCAGCCUGAAUCUAAGAUCUACAUUCUGGAUGCUUUGAGAAGUAUGCUUUCUGUUGCACCUCUUAGUGACAUUCUACGUGAAGGUAGUGCUCCUAGUGAUGCAUUUGAUACCAUGAUAGCAUUGCUGAGUUCUACCAAGGAAGAAACUCAGGCAAAGUCAGCAUCAGCUCUGGCAGGAAUUUUUGAAUCAAGGAAAGACAUUCGUGAAAGCAGCAUUGCUAUUAAAGCUCUUAGUUCAGCCCUGAAAUUGAUUAAUGUUGAAUCUGAAAGUAUCCUGAUGGAGUCCUCACACUGCCUGGCUUCAAUAUUUCUAUCCAUCAAAGAAAACAGGGAUGUAGCUGCUAUUGCUAGACCUGCAUUAUCCCGCUUAGUUGCACUCGCUAACUCUUCAGUUUUGGAAGUUGCAGAGAUGGCAACAUGUGCUGUGGCAAACAUUAUUUUGGAUAGUGAAAUUGCAGAAAAAGCUGUUACAGAAGAAGUUAUCUUGCCUGCCACCAAAGUAUUACGUGAAGGCACAAUCUCUGGAAAAGCCCAUGCAGCUGCAGCAAUUGCUCGCCUCUUACACUCCCGGAAAGUUGAUUCUGACGUAACCGAUUGCGUAAAUCGUGCUGGCACUGUUCUUGCAUUAGUUUCUUUCUUAGAUUCUGCUAUUAGUGGAUCUAUUGCCACAUCAGAGGCUCUAGAAGCUCUUGCCAUUCUGUCCAGGUCAGAAGAGUCCAGCACACACAAUAAAUCGGCUUGUGCAGUUUUGGCUGAAUUCCCAAAGAGCAUAAGUCCAAUAGUCUUAUCUAUUGUUGAUUCAGCACCAAUGUUGCAGGAUAAAGCUAUUGAGAUAUUGUCUCGAUUAUGCAAGGAUCUACCUAUUGUUUUAGGUGACAAUGUUGUUACUGCAUCUGGAUGUAUAUCUUCAAUAGCUAAGAGAAUAAGUAGUUCCACAAAUGUGAAGGUCAAAAUUGGGGGAGCUGCACUUCUAAUUUCUGCAGCAAAAGCAAAUCAUCAGAGACUUAUGGAGGAUCUCAAUUCAUCAAACUUGUGUGCUAAUCUUAUUCGGUCUCUAGUUGAUAUUUCUGCAGAGCCUUCUCUGGGUAAUCAAGGUGAUGACAAGAAGGAGCUAAUCAGCAUAUGCAGGAGUACACAAGAAGAGGCCAAUGAUGGUGAAUCAAACACUGGCACGGCCAUUAUAUCUGGUGCUGACUUAGCUAUAUGGUUAUUAUCUAUUCUUGCUUGUCAUGAUGAAAAAAGUAGAAGUAUCAUAAUGGAGGCUGGAGCAAUUGAUGUUCUAACUGACAGGAUCUCAAAUUGUUUCUCACAAUAUUCCCAGAUUGACUACAAAGAAGAUAGCAGCAUGUGGAUUUGUGCUUUGUUGUUAGCAAUACUAUUUCAAGAUAGAGAUAUCAUACGCACACAUGCAACCAUAAAAUCUGUACCAGCACUUGCCAGUUUAUUGAAGUCAGAAGAAUUAGCAAACAAAUAUUUUGCUGCACAAGCAAUAGCUAGCCUUGUCUGUAACGGUAGCAGGGGAACGCUUCUGUCUGUAGCAAAUUCUGGUGCAGCUGGUGGACUUAUCUCCUUGCUUGGCAGUGCUGAUACUGAUAUUCAUGAUCUUCUGGAAUUGUCAGAAGAAUUUUUGUUGGUGCGUUAUCCUGAUCAAGUUGCUCUUGAGAGGUUGUUUAGAGUUGAUGAUAUAAGAGUUGGUGCCACUUCUCGGAAGGCAAUGCCUGCCCUUGUUGAUCUGCUCAAACCAAUUCCAGAUCGCCCAGGAGCCCCAUUUUUAGCACUUGGGCUUUUGAUUCAGCUUGGUAGAGAUUGCCCAUCCAAUAAGCUUAUAAUGGUAGAGGCUGGAGCCUUAGAAGCACUUACGAAGUAUCUUUCACUAAGUCCACAAGAUGCAACUGAAGAAGCUGCUACAGAUCUGCUAGGAAUUCUGUUUAGCACUGCUGAUAUACGAAAACAUGAGUCAGCAUUCGGUGCUGUUGCUCAACUCGUUGCUGUCCUACGGCUAGGAGGAAGAGCUGCCAGGUUAAGUGCUGCAAAAGCCUUGGAAAGUUUAUUCACUGCUGAUCACAUUAGAAAUGCAGAGAUGGCUCGCCAAGCUGUUCAACCUUUGGUGGAGAUUCUUAGUACUGGUUCAGAGAGAGAGCAGCAUGCUGCAAUUGCUGCAUUGGUUCGGUUACUGAAUGAAAACCCAUCAAAAGCACUUGCUGUUGCAGAUGUUGAGAUGAAUGCAGUGGAUGUUCUUUGCAGGAUCCUUUCAUCGGAUUGUUCAGUGGAACUCAAGGGGGAUGCUGCUGAAUUAUGUUGUGCACUUUUUGGAAAUACAAGGAUUCGAUCCACAAUGGCUUCUGCCCGCUGUGUCGAACCACUAGUCUCUCUCCUUGUAACUGAGUUUAGUCCUGCUCAGCUUUCAGUUGUUCGGGCAUUGGAUAGGCUUGUAGAUGAUGAGCAACUGGCUGAACUAGUUGCUGCACAUGGUGCAGUUGUUCCUCUUGUCGGCCUACUGUAUGGUCGGAACUAUUUACUGCAUGAGGCCAUUUCCAGAGCUCUAGUCAAGUUAGGAAAAGACAGGCCUGCUUGUAAAAUGGAAAUGGUGAAAGCUGGAGUGGUUGAAAGCAUACUUAGCAUCUUACACGAAGCACCCGAUUAUCUAUGUGCAGCGUUUGCAGAAUUGUUGCGUAUAUUGACCAAUAAUGCUACCAUAGCUAAAGGACAAUCUGCUGCCAAAGUGGUUGAACCCUUGUUUAUGUUGCUGACAAGACAAGAAUUUAUGCCCGAAGGACUGCAUAGCACAUUGCAGGUUUUGGUUAAUAUCUUGGAACAUCCACAAUGUCGUGCAGACCAUACAUUGAGUUCUCGCCAAGUUAUUGAACCACUUAUCCCCUUGCUCGAUUCUCCAAUACCAGCAGUGCAACAGCUGGCUGCUGAGCUUCUUUCGCAUCUACUUGUAGAAGAACACCUUCAGAAGGAUCCGGUGACGCAGCAAGUAAUUGGUCCCCUUAUACGAGUUCUUAGUUCUGGUAUACACAUAUUGCAGCAGAGAGCUGUAAAGGCUCUAGUUAGUAUUGCUCUAACAUGGCCAAAUGAAAUUGCCAAAGAGGGUGGUGUUGUUGAAAUUUCCAAAGUAAUAUUGCAAGCCGAUCCUUCCAUUCCACAUGCCUUAUGGGAGUCUUCUGCCUCGGUUUUGUCGUGUAUUCUGCAAUUUAGUUCUGAAUUCUACUUGGAAGUGCCUAUUGCUGUGUUGGUAAGGUUGCUGCGGUCUGGCUCAGAGAGCACAGUUAUUGGUGCAUUAAAUGCUCUGCUGGUGUUGGAAAGUGAUGAUGGAACUAGUGCAGUAGCUAUGGCUGAAAGUGGUGCCAUAGAGGCACUCUUGGAGCUCCUAAGGUCUCAUCAGUGUGAGGAAACUGCUGCUAGACUCUUAGAAGUAUUGCUGAACAAUGUAAAGAUCCGAGAAACAAAAGUCACUAAAUCAGCCAUUGUACCAUUAUCCCAGUACCUUUUGGAUCCACAAACUCAAGCACAACAGGCAAGGUUAUUGGCGACUUUAGCUCUUGGGGAUCUGUUUCAGAAUGAAGGUCUUGCUCGAACAGCUGAUGCAGUUUCUGCAUGUCGUGCUUUAGUGAAUGUUCUCGAAGAACAACCGACAGAAGAAAUGAAAGUUGUGGCCAUCUGUGCUUUGCAAAAUCUUGUGAUGUAUAGUCGCUCGAAUAGGAGAGCUGUUGCAGAGGCUGGUGGUGUUCAGGUUGUAUUGGAUCUGAUAAGUUCAAGUGAGCCAGAUACAUCCAUUCAGGCUGCAAUGUUCAUUAAACUUCUCUUCUCAAAUAAUACAAUUCAAGAGUAUGCUUCCAGUGAAACAGUCAGAGCAAUAACUGCUGCUAUUGAAAAAGAUUUAUGGGCCUCUGGUACCGUGAAUGAGGAGUACUUGAAAGCCUUAAAUUCUCUCUUCAGCAACUUCCCACGACUGAGAGCAACUGAACCAGCAACACUUAGCAUCCCCCAUCUGGUUACAUCCUUAAAGACAGGCUCAGAGGCUUGUCAGGAGGCUGCUUUGGAUGCACUUUUUUUACUACGACAAGCUUGGUCGGCAUGCCCUGCCGAAGUCUCAAGAGCUCAGUCAAUUGCAGCUGCCGAUGCUAUUCCAUUCCUGCAGUACUUGAUCCAGUCCGGCCCACCUCGGUUUCAGGAGAAGGCAGAAUUUCUGUUGCAGUGUUUGCCGGGGACAUUGGUGGUGAUCAUCAAGCGUGGUAACAAUAUGAAGCAGUCCGUCGGAAACCCAAGUGUCUACUGUAAACUUACAUUGGGAAACACCCCACCCAGGCAAACAAAGGUGGUGUCAACUGGCCCUAAUCCAGAAUGGGAUGAGAGCUUUUCAUGGUCCUUUGAGAGUCCUCCAAAAGGCCAGAAGCUUCACAUUUCAUGCAAAAACAAGAGCAAAGUGGGAAAGAGUAAAUUUGGAAAAGUAACAAUACAAAUUGAUCGUGUGGUAAUGCUUGGAGCAGUAGCUGGAGAGUAUGCUCUAUUGCCUCAAAGUAAAAGUGGGCCCCCAAGGAAUCUAGAAAUAGAAUUUCAGUGGUCUAACAAGCCCAUUGUUAAUGCUGCUGAAGCUGCUGCUGCUGCAGCUGCUGAGUAAAUUGGAAGAUUAGGAACAUUACAUACUUACUUGCUGGGGAAGAAAUUUUUGGAUGUAUUUUUUCAUGUGUAUAUAGGGGCUAUAGUUCACUUUUGUCAGAAUAUUCUUUUGUAAGCUGAUCCUUCGUUUUUCAGGAUAAACAAUAGUGGGACCAAGAUCAAGGCCUACUUCGGCUUUUCUUGUAUGAUUCUUUGUGUGUUGUUAUUUGUAAGCUUAAAAGAAAAAAUACCGAGUCUGUUUUGUGA